AUUCAAUUAUGAUUUUGGUCGAACCGACCCUGAACCAACUCGUUGCCAACCCUAAUCAUUUAAGCUUGAUAAAUGAACGGGUGUUAAAGAUCCAGGUCUCCUAUUGGAUCAUGUGUCAAAAUCAAGGUCUUGUCUGACCAUGAAUCAAAACCACAAGUCUGGUGAAAGCUAUGCUGCUCUCUGUUAGUAUCUACAAUUUUUUCUGAAGUUUUGCUUAGAGUACCUCAAUUUCCUGGUAGCCUUAAAGUACUGAUUUCUUGAGCAUCAGAUUCCAUGAGACCCCUCAAGAAGUUGAUGUCAUGUCUUCGACCAAAGCAGAAGGAAGAAAUAUCGGUCGAGUUCUUGAAAAACGGUGGCGAAUUACUGGAGGAGCCUAUUGCAUCUUUUGGUGGACGCCAUAGAAUUCCAAUCGUUAGCUUCUCUGCCGAAGAGCUAAUCAGAGCGACAAAUGACUUCGCGCAGUGUGUCCAUAUCAGUGAAAACGGUUAUUUAUUUAAAGGAUGUUUGGGUGAACGCCCAGUUUUAUUGAAGAUGUUCCACGAUGAAAUAAUCAGUCCCCGGAAACUUAAUGGAGCCAUCAUUGAUAUAGUGAUUACAUCACAAAUAAGCCAUCUCAAAAAUGUAUUAAAGCUUAUAGGCUGUUGCCUGGAAUUCAAAUACCCGGCUAUGGUAUAUGAAGAUGCUGGAAUUGAACUUCUUACUGAUCUACUUUACAACCCGAACAACGAUAAAUUUUUCCACUGGAAAAGCAGACUCAAAGUCGCAGCUGAUAUUGCAUACGUAAUUGCCUAUCUUCAUGCUGCGUUUCCCAGGCCUGUGAUCUAUAAUAGAGAGCUAAGGGCAGAUAAAGUAAUCAUCAAUCGAUUUGGUGUUACUAAAUUGUUUGACUUCUCAAACUCCGUAAUGCUUCCUCCUGGAGAAUUCCAGGUGAAAGAUUUUUUUUGGAUAGGGGAUUUUAGAAAUAUAGACCCUGAGUAUGCAAAAUCAAAAGCUAUAAACCAGAAAACCGAUGUCUAUAGUAUUGGCUUGCUUUUACUCAAUCUCCUGGCUGGACAACAUUCUUUAUGGCCACAUCCGGUAGAUGAAAUAGUCAGAAUCAAUAAGUCCACAGGCUUUUUCCAUAAGGAUCAAUUAAAACAUUAUGUGGAUCAGAAAAUUACAGAAGAAGGGGGAAAUGAAGCAGAGAUGCAAUUGCAAAAUUUCCUAGAUAUUGCUCACAGAUGCAUCCAAUAUACUGGAGAAGACAGGCCAGAUAUGAUGACUGUUGCAAAAAGAGCUUAGGAAAAUUGAGAAGUCCUGUCAUCGUUCCUAGCUUGUUUAGUUCCAUUAGAAUUCAAUAUCUAUGUCAGGUGAAAUUUGUAAAUUUCUUUUAUCAUGUGCAACGACUGUCAUUGCGUCAUCCACAAUAAAUUCAGGCUUGACUUGUAACCACUUUGCCAACCUCUCCUUUACUGGUGACUUAAAUUGGUAUGGACCGCUCCAGAGUUGUGGAUGGGUGAUCACCGUCAAUAAUAUUGGUGUUAUUUA